CACAUCUUUUGAACAUGCAUUAUUUACUUCAUCCCAGCUAGGACCACGUUAUUUUCCCUUGCCUCACCUCUUUCCUUACUGGUUCCCUUUUCUUUUUUCUCCCCUUUUAUAGGAUCCUCUGCAGCUAGGAGAAUUUCUCUUACGUGUAUGUUCUGCGUGCAUGGUCACACAUAUUCCACCGUUGGUGACAGUGACUCGAAAAUCAUCCCCUAAUUCCGAACAAUGGGUAUUCAAAGUCCACCCAUCAGCCUCCCGCCGCCUCCCACCGUACAUUCGUUUCAGUAUCCUCCGACACCCCCAGGAACGGAGAGUAAUUCGAGGAGAGAAUCAAGAACAGGUAGUGAAUUCGAAAUUGAAAGCUCGAUAAGCGACGCCGAUGAAUCGAAAUUCAAAGGUCCCCGGAUGUACCCUCUUCCACCAAGAAGUAAACCCGACAACAAGGUAUUAGCGGAGGACCUUAAGACUCCAGACAGCCAUGUUGUCAGGGAUCCCCGCCUUAUUCGUCUUACUGGCGUCCAUCCUUUCAACGUUGAGGCGCCUUUGAGCGAGCUUUUUGACGAGGGGUUUUUAACAACCAAGGAUCUCCAUUAUGUUCGCAAUCAUGGACCAGUGCCUCUAGUAGAAGAUUCCGAGGUUAUGGAUUGGGAAUUCAUAAUAGAGGGCAUGGUAGACAAUCCCAUCAAACUAACCCUAGCACAACUCCUCCGCGAAUAUGAACAAGUAACGUAUCCGAUCACCCUUGUCUGCGCCGGCAACCGAAGAAAGGAACAAAAUAUCGUCAGGAAAACUAAAGGAUUCUCAUGGGGAGCAGCAGGUCUGUCGACGGCGCUAUGGACCGGGGUUGUCAUUGGGGACCUAUUGAGAGCAGCCAGGCCAAAGAGAGGUGCGAAGUACGUGUGCUUUGAAGGUGCCGAUAAGUUACCUAACGGCUACUAUGGGACCUCCGUCAAAUUGAACUGGGCCAUGGAUCCCAAUCGGGGGAUCAUGGUUGCUCAUAGAAUGAAUGGCGAGGAGCUCACUCCCGACCACGGGAAGCCUCUUCGGGUUGUCGUACCGGGACAAAUAGGUGGUCGGAGUGUGAAGUGGUUGAAGAGGAUAAUUGUUACGGCGGCACCUAGCGAUAACUGGUAUCAUAUCUACGAUAACAGGGUGUUACCAACUACUAUUACGCCUGAGAUGAGCGCUGAUAUGCCGGAUACGUGGAAGGACGAGCGCUAUGCCAUUUACGACCUCAACACGAACAGUGCUAUCUGUUAUCCAGCUCAUGACGAAACACUUGCGCUAACACAAACUAUCGAAAGCUACCGGGUUCGUGGAUAUGCCUAUGCUGGAGGUGGUAAGAGAGUAACGAGAGUUGAGGUAACUCUUGACAAAGGAAAAUCAUGGAUGCUUGCCAAUGUGUCAUACCCAGAAGACGAAUAUCGACUUGCACCCGAAGGAGCAGAGUUCGGCGGUGGGCGGCUAGAUGUUUCUUGGAGAGAGACAUGUUUCUGCUGGUGCUUCUGGGACCUCGAUAUUCCCAUACCGCAACUGCAAGCAGCGGAUGACAUCCUAGUACGAGCCAUGGACGAGUCCAUGAUGGUACAACCGCGAGAUAUGUAUUGGAGCGUCCUUGGAAUGAUGAAUAACCCUUGGUUUAGGGUCGUUAUUCACAAAGAGGGCCAUAUGCUGCGAUUCGAACACCCAACUCUACCGGCUUUGAAGCCCGGCGGAUGGAUGGAACGGGUUAAAAAGGCCGGUGGGAAUAUCUCUAAUGGGUAUUGGGGAGAAAAGUUAUCCCGCGAAAAAGAGGACGUCAUCGAAGAAGAGCCAGCGAAAGAGAUUUGCAUGAUCAACAAGAAUAUCAGUCGGAAAAUCGCUCUUGAGGAGUUGAAGAAACACGAUGGUGAUGCUGAGCCGUGGUUUGUAGUCAACGGAGAAGUUUACGACGGAACGAAAUUCUUGGAAGGGCAUCCGGGUGGAGCGGCGUCAAUUGUCGGCGCUGCCGGACAAGAUGCUAGCGAGGAGUUCCUUGCUAUCCACAGCGAAAAUGCCAAGGCGAUGUUAGUGGAUUAUCACAUCGGCUCUCUCGACGAAGCCUCGCAAGCCACCCUAGCCAACGGAGACGUGGAAGAAGCCAAGUCCUCGACACCGCGAAAAACAUUCCUUCAAUCCAAAACUUGGACGAAAGCUAUUAUGUCUGCCAAGGACAAGAUUUCAGAUGACACGAAAAUCUUUACCUUUGACCUCGAACACGCCGACCAGACUUCUGGACUCCCCAUCGGCCAACAUUUGAUGAUACGGCUACGCGAUCCCGUCACGCGCGAAGCCAUUAUACGUUCAUAUACUCCUUUGUCAGAGAGCGCGGAGAAAGGAAAACUGCGUGUGCUCAUAAAAAUAUACUACGAUAAACCUGGAAGGAAAGGUGGAAAGAUGACCCAAGCACUGGAUGCAAUCCCUGUCGGUCACUUCGUCGACUUCAAAGGCCCAGUGGGCAAGUUUGAAUAUCUAGGUCGGGGCUUAUGUACGAUCUCCGGCCAAGAGCGGAGAGUUAAGCGUUUCAUUAUGAUCUGUGGCGGCUCCGGGAUUACCCCGAUAUUCCAGGUUCUCCGAGCCGUAUUGACAGAUCGCGAAGACUCUACUUCAUGCUUGGUCAUUGACGGUAAUCGCAUCGAACAGGAUAUCCUCUGUAAAGAGGAUCUUGAUAAGAUGGCCAUCAACAAUACCCACAAAUGUCGCCUGCUAUAUACUCUGAGUCAAGCUGGACAAUCAUGGACUGGUCUUAGGGGUCGUAUGGACCAGGAACUCCUCCAAAAGGAAAUUGGGCCUUGUCGUAAUAACAACGGUGAAGACUUGGUCCUCAUUUGUGGACCUGAACCUCUCGAGAAGAGCGUCCAUACCAUAUUGAAUACUAUGGGCUGGAAGGAUGAGAAUCUGCUGUUCUUCUAAGUGCUCCGUGUUACAAGUAUCGAGAUACCAUUUUUUAUAUGGAAUAGCUAUGCACAUACUAUAGACGGCAUGAUAUGGGGUGCUAUUCAUAUAUACGUAGGGAGAUUAUACUUGCGAGAAGUAUAUAUAAACGAUACCCAGGUGCUCAGCGCAUAUGUUGCAUGUUCUGUAGAACAUUCUUAACAAUACCAGCUCGUGGGCAUAUUGCUAGUUAUUGAAAUAAGAUAUCUGAAGGCCCUAUGGAUACUUGCGAUAGUGUACUAGAGUAUUUGUAUAUACUUAAGCGAAAGGACAAGACAAGGUAGUCGUGAUUGGAUACCGAUCGUGUCAAUAUAGAGGAAUAAGUAUAUGCUUAACAUUCCGCGAAUCUACCGACUAGAGACCGUGGCGCUGAUUUAAAUAUCGCAACGGAGGGGUCGGCGUUAUGCUUCUAUACACGUUUACAAUGAGAACUCGAGCACGACAAAUAUACAACUCCCGCUUGGAUAGGCCUUCUGUCUAGGAAUCCGCUAUCCACCUAUAUAU